ACUUUAGUACUCCAUUUAUUUUUCUCCUUCAGCGUGGGCAGUUUGUCUUGUAAACCCACAACUUGGUCACAUGAAGUCUAAUCUACAAUCCCAAAAAAAUCUCUCUUUAACAAUUGGCUGAAUCAUAUCUUGUCGGCCAAUUAUUUCAUUUCUUCUGAUUUCUUCAUUUUGCGCUGUGGGUUUGCUGCAAAAAUGACUUUCUGAUGGAAAUCUCAGAGUCUGAGAGGAGGUGAAAUUUGUGGAGAUGGAAAAGAAGUGCAAGAGCAUAGUGUGGUUUAGGAGGGAUUUGAGAAUUGAAGACAAUCCAGCUUUAGCAGCUGUUGCAAGGGAUGGGACUGUUUUACCAGUUUUCAUAUGGUGCCCUAAGGAGGAAGGCCCUUAUCACCCCGGUCGGGUUUCGAGGUGGUGGCUGAAGCACUCCCUUAUUCAUCUGCAGCAGUCACUGAGAUCUCUUGGUGCAGAACUCGUCGUCAUCAAAGCUGAGACCACUCUCUCUGCUCUCUUAGACUGCAUUAGCGCUGUCGGGGCGACCAAAGUUGUGUAUAACCAUCUCUAUGAUCCAAUUUCACUUGUUCGUGAUCAUAAUAUUAAGCAGAAGUUAGUUGAACUUGGUAUUGAAGUGCAAAGCUUUAAUGGCGAGUUAUUGUUUGAGCCGUGGGAAGUUUAUGAUGACAAUGAACAAGCAUUUACAACCUUUAAUGCAUAUUGGGAGAAAUGCAUGAACGUGCAAAAAGAUCCUGUUUCACAUCUUCCACCAUGGCGCUUGGCUCUAGCUGAAGGAGCAGGUAUGAAUACCUCAAUUGAGGCAUUGAACCUUGAAAACGAAUCGGAAAAGUCGAGUAAUGCUUUACUGGGAAGAGGGUGGUCACCCGGUUGGAGCAGUGCUGACAAGACCUUCACUGAAUUCGUUGAACACCAUUUGCUUAACUACUCAAAGGAUAGGCUAAACGUUGGGAGAAACUCUACUUCCCUUUUGUCUCCUUAUCUGCAUUUUGGUGAGCUUAGCAUUAGGAAAGUGUUUCAAAGCGUGCGGAUGAAGCAGUUAGUUUGGAAAAACGAGCAAAACACAGUCGGAGAAGAGAGUGCAACUUUUUUCCUUAGGGCUAUCGGCCUCAGAGAGUAUUCUCGUUAUAUUUGUUUCAAUUUUCCAUUCACUCAUGAAAGGUCACUGCUGAGCAGUCUUCAAUAUUUCCCAUGGGACUCCAACCAAGCUCAUUUCAAGGCUUGGCGACAGGGUCGGACUGGAUAUCCACUUGUGGAUGCAGGAAUGCGAGAGCUCUGGGCAACCGGAUGGAUUCACAACCGGAUAAGAAUAAUUGUUUCAAGUUUCUUUGUGAAGUUUCUUCUUCUACCAUGGCAAUGGGGCAUGAAGUAUUUCUGGGAUACACUUCUUGAUGCAGACAUAGAAAGUGAUAUUCUUGGUUGGCAAUAUAUUUCAGGGAGUUUGCCCGAUGGUCAUGAACUUGAGCGUAUGGAUAGUCCACAGGUUCAGGGAUUCAAGUUUGAUCCAGAGGGUGAAUACGUGAGGCAGUGGCUGCCUGAAUUAGCAAGGAUGCCGGCUGAAUGGAUCCAUCAUCCGUGGGAUGCUCCUCUCUCCGUGCUUAAAUCCGCAGGCGUGGAUCUCGGAUCAAACUAUCCAAAGCCUCUAAUCGAUAUGGACUUAGCCCGUGAUAGGCUAACUGAAGCCAUAGCAACCAUGCAUGGGAAAGAAGCGGCUGGAAAGGCAGCAGUGACUGAUGGAACGGAUGAAGUUGUGUUUGAUAAUUCCGAGCCUCACGAGAAAGUGGCUGUGUCGAAAGCAGUCACCAGAGAAAGGAAGCCAUGUCCAGCUAGUUCGUCUCACGAUCAAAGGGUUCCAUCAAUGAGGAACGCAAAUAGCAUGAUCCAGAAUAGGAAAAGACCGAACCCUGGAGAAGAUGGUAGGGCUCUGAAAGAUAACCUGAACAGCUGCAACAUUGGCAAACAGGUGUCGAAAAUGGCCGAUGAGGACUUGUGCUCUACAGCGGAAUCUUCGUCAUCUAAGAAAGCCAUGACAAACAGUAGAAUCUCUUUCUCUGUUCCUCGGAACUGCUCUUCCAUGUCAACUAGUGCACCAUAUCCGGUCCCUGACUCCUCGGACCACAAUGAUAGUUGGCACGAAGAGGUUGGAACAGGAGAGAUGUCAAGCAAAAAUGGAACCAGCAAUUUGCAGAUAUCUGGGAAACAGAUUAUCCAUGAAGAAGAAAGCUAGCUCUUUACUCAAUCUCUGAGUGACAUGGCCUAACAGAAUGAGAUUUGUGAGUAUCAUCAUGUUAUUUACUUCUCUUGGUAGGUGUAACAUAUUUUCAUUUUUCUGUGUUGUUGAAAAGGUAGUUAUCCUUGAGAAAACCAAAAGAAUUGAUCUUAAGACAAGUUUGUUCCUGUUCUCUCUUUCCUUUUAUGGAGUAUAUAUACAUAAAACAACACGGAACUAGUUUGCUUGAUCA